CACUUUCAUCCCCAGUUCAAAAUCCAAUUCGAUUCACCAACCCCCCAAAACCCUAAUUCCCAAUUUGUGAGCCAUCGCAAAUUAGGAAAGUUCGAAAUGGCUUUGACCCACACGCAUUUAUACUCUCUGCCUCCGUCACUGUCUUUGCUUCUUGGCUUCAAUGGCCGCCAAAGCUUCGUGCUUUUCCUGCAAGGCCGAGAGUGAUCAGUUCGUUAAUGGCUGGGAGCUCAAGGAUGGGUCUUUGGCCCAGCUCUGCAAGAAAUGCGGGUUUUGGUAAAUGGUAACUGACUAUAUCCUUUGCAAAUUUAGUUUUGCUUAUGUGAAUGGUAUAUUUUGUGAAACUUUUCACAUGGAAGCGGAAGGCUGGAGAGACUGUGCUGUUUGUGCGAAGCCACUCCAUUGUGGGUGCAUUAUGUCACGCCACAAGUAUGCACCACUGGAUUUUGGAGGUGUAGGUUGCACAAAAUGCUUACUAGAAGUUGAUCAAUCUAUUGCUUCAGGUCGAAUGACCAGAAUGCUGAAAGAAAUAGUUGCCAAGUACAAGAUGGACCCAACAGUUUCAUCUGAUCUUACUAAGAAAGUUGUCGAGUCCCUUUUUCCUGAAUCUUUACAAGCUCCAGCACCUCAGAUUGGAGAAGAAUCCAAUACGGAUGUAUCUAAGAGCAAGUGCACCGGUGCUCUUUUGCCCGGGCAAAGUGAGGGAAUGAUGAUGUGUUGACCAGCCAUUGUCAAAAACACUCCUCCACUGGUUGUGUUUUGACCAGCCAAAAGAUGGCUUUUGAUGACCCAGGUCAAGGAAAAGGGCAAGGCUAUGACUUUUUUCUUGCCCAAGUCAUGGAGCUGCCAGCGUUGUAGGAUAGGAGAACGUGGGUGACAUCAGGAAGGCUGCAAAGAGACAGACGCGGCCGGACGAUUUGC